AUGAUAAGUUUAGAUGAGAUGGAGUCACUUGCUAAUUCAUUUCGCAAAAAACCAAAGAAAAAUUCAUCUUUGUAAAUACAAACAGAUGAAACAAUGGCAAUGUUAGAAAUAUUAGAAUCAGAUAUGAAUAAAUUUAGAAUUGAAAAUUUAAGGCUUUAACAAUAGAUAAAAUAAUUAUAAGAGAGUUUAGUUCAUUGUUCUGUCAAUGUUACCAAUACAUCUUCUAAAUUUAUGUUGCCUAGUGAAUUUAAAUUAAAAUAUGAAAAUAUGGUCAAAGAAACACUUCCAUCAGCAUUUGGUUUUCUUUUUGAUUAACCAAAAGUGCUAGUUUAAGUUGUUUAAUAGAGUUGUCUCUUUUUAGAAUAAAUAAUUAGAGAAGAACUAAAUAAUAAGACUUCACAAGUUGCUUCAAUAUUAGGAAUAAAUUGUUAAGGAUUAUUCAGUCUUUUAUAAAAAUUAUAUCAAGAUAAUUUCUAAAGUGUUUUGGGAUUCAAUGAAACAACAAUAAAUAAAUUAAAAUCACAUUUGAAAUUGAAUAUCAAAAACAUAGAUGAAUUUAUAGAGGAAGACAAUGAUGAUUUGAUUGAAUGGAUGAAAUAAUAUUGGCUAUUAUUAUCAUAUAUAAUUCUUAGUGAUUAAGAGAUUAAUAUAGGUUUUAGUAGAGUGAUCUAUGAAAUAGUAUCAUAUCAAAAGAAUGAAUAUUAUUGUGUAGAUGGUUUUGGUAAAGAAGGAGCUAAAAGUUUGGUGAUUCUCCCACCUAUUAUGAGAAAAAAUCAAUCAUUUAAUGGUGUCAAGCAUGCUGUAUUAAUAUUACCUAGUAAUUUUGAUUGUUCAAUAUUUAAUUAAGAUAAUAAUCUAUAAGAUACUAUUUAAGAAUUGAAAUCUUAUAAUUCACCUAAAUAAUUAACUAUUCCUUAAGAAAUAAAGGUUAUUGAGGAAACUAAGAGAAGUAGUUUAUAAUAUAGUGCAAGAGAGAACACCUUUUAAAGUCAGGGAUCAGAAAAAUUUGAUACUUUUGAGGAAUGCAGAAUUAAACCAUAACAAAAAUAACCAUUAAAAUCAAUGAAGGAAACUCUUAAUAAAUUAAAUUAAUAUAAUAAUAGUAGUAAUAAUUAAUCAUUUAAAGAGAUUUCUAAAUUACUUAAAUAAGAUUCUAAAGACAAUAAAAGAUUUAGGUAAAUUAUUACUCAUAUUUAGUUAGUUAAACUAUAUUUAAAAUAAGAUUAGCGAUAAUAAUUGGAGUAGAAUUCUAGCUAAUAAAAGAAAUAAAGAGAAUAAUUAACAUCUCAAUCAAUCUUAAUAAUAAACACCUUAAUUAACAAUAUAAUAAUUUAUAAAGAAGAUUAAGAUAGAUUUCUCUCGUCCUUUGAAAAGUCGUCAUGAAGAAUCAAAAUUCAUUAAAUCACAAUAAGAUAGUUUCAGAUAGAGAGCUUAGUCGAAUGAUGGAAAAUUUGUUAAAUAUUAUAAUGAUUCCUUUAAUUAGAAAUUUAAUAAUUGA